GGACUUACAAGUAUAUAUACUUGCACCGUUUUGAGUAGCCUUUCAAGUGUCGUAGGACAACAUAUCACACAACAUAUAAGUACAGAGUCACUCCACUUUGUGCUAUGUUAGCUUAAGCUGUCAGGUGUUGGAAUUAGAUAAGAAUGCCGACAGAAGCGUUAAGUACUUCUAGGAUGAGCUAUGUCUCAUUACUUUGUGUGCUUUGUUUUAUUGCAGUGUCAGACGCUGAUCUAGUUAUCAAGACAGAUCCUACUACUUUAAGUUUAAAUCUAAACGAGAAACUGAACAUUUGCUGUGCCAUAACUAACAACAGCGUUCAGCAGUUAACUAAGUUAUCCUACCUGAAACUAGCCCGUGUAAACAAAAUCAACAACUCCCUCUAUGACACCUUGGUGUAUUGGUACAUCAAUGAAUCAGAUCGGAUUGAACCUGCACCACUUUUUGAUAACCAACGCGGCUUGAUUACUUUAAAGAAAAUCAUGUCUGCUUGAUUAUGAAAAACGCGACUUCCGAUGACGCCACUUCUUACAGAUGUGAAGUUCAUGGUUACAAUGCAGAACACAAAGCUUGGCAAAAAAAAUUCACAAAAGGUUUAGUGAAGUACGUGGAUACCUCAAAAGACAUCAAGCAGAACGAGACCAUAAUUGAAAGAAAUGUUCAUCCAGGCAAGAAUACAUCCUGCUCCUUCAAUGGAAGUCUGUCUGAAAGUAAUGCAGACUACUACAAGAAUCAGAGCCAAAAAUUUGAAAUUCUAUCUGCCUUUAUUACAGGACCAAAGCCACAAUCAAAUCUAAUGCAAGAUGCCAGACGUGUUUCCGCUUCCAGCAGACGUGAGAAUAAGACUGCAGAUCAAGUAAUGUCCCAACUUUUGUCUGUCACACUAAACGAACAAGAACGCUCUUAUUUGGAAUGCUUAACUGCGCAGAGACUUUGCGAAGAUCAAAUAAUGUACAUACUGGGGCCAUCGAAUCAAUCAUUUUUUCAACAGAAUAUCAAUUUGAGUUUACCUUUUAAUACCCCAACAAGACCAGAUGUUCAUACUUGUACUUCCAAUGAAAGCCAACACUCUUUCUUUGGUAUAAUAGGUUUAGAGCUAGAUAUGAGAAUGGUAUGUGCUUUUAACUUGGAUAAGAUUUAUGUCUUUUUUUCAGCACUUUUGUCACCCCAAGAGAUGGACAUUUUCACUUAUAUGGACAAAAAUAGCAUUGAGAUUAUUCUAAAUGAUUUGUUACUUUGCGUAAAUCAAUUGAAAGCAACAUCUUCAGAGCCAAAUGUGCAAGGGAAAAUCAUGUCUGUAUUAGAUACAAUAAAGUCCUUACUUACUGAGAUAAGUUCUGAAAUACUUAGUAGACCUGACAACCAUACACAGAGCAUCACAUCUAUAUCUGAAGUUAAAUAUGGCAAUGAGGAACAUAAUAUUACAAUGAAUCAUACACAACUUUUUACAAAUUAUACUUUAAUAGAAAACAUAAACUGGAUUAUAGAGCUAUUUAAAAGUUUACAAAGUGAAAACCAAAAUGACAAUAUGACAAAACAGAAAGAACAACUAAUAGCCAUCUUGCAAUUUCAAGAGGAUUAUGUCCUCACUAAACAACCAUUUAAUGAAUUUCUAAACAGUUUACACAACAAAUUAGAGCAAUUCAAGGGUGAAAUAAUGGAAGCAGAUAAUUUGUUGUUGAUAAGUGAGAUGCAACUACAAUUGCACAGAAAUUAUAGUGUUAUCAAGAAUUCAAUACAAGAAUUAAAUAAUUCUUUGCAAAACAUCUUAGAGCAACAUUUGGAACAAGAUUUGAAAAAUUUGAGUGACAUUAUUGAUACAAUAUCAAAGAUUGAAAACCAAACCAUGAAACAUAAUCAGUUUCAAAAGGACUUAAUCUUCAAAAUUGAAUAUUUGAUGGCGGCUGUAGAGAAUGUAAAAUUACUACAUGAAAACGACCAUUUUAAUCUUUCUAAGUUGCUUCAAAUCUCUAUGAACGAUUUUAAGGAUUAUAGAGAAAGUUCUUCUGUUGAAAUAUCUGAAAUUAAAGACAGAACUGACAACCAAGAAAAGCUUUUAGACAAGUUAAAUUCUGAUUGCCAAAACUUGGCACAUGACAUCAGAAACAUGAAUGUAACCAUACGAGGAGAUAUAUCUAACCUUUCCGUAAUGUUAAAAGACUUGAAAGAUGAUUUUAUCAAAUUUGUUAAAGACUUUGACGAUCACAGAAACCGUUCUUCCACUGAAAUAUGGAAAACCAAGGACGAUCAGGAAAGAAAUGUAACAAUGCUUAAUUCUAGCGUUAAAAGGGUUGAAGACGAUAUACAAAUUAUGAAUUCAACCCUAAACACUUAUUUCGCGAAACUUUUAUCACAGUUUCACGUGAUAAAAGACGACUUAAUCAAUUAUGUCAAAACAUCAGAAAUCGAUGAUCUCAAAAACUUAAAUAAAAACAUCCAAAAAGAUGUACUCUUUAUCAACCACACUUUGAAAAACACCGCAGACUCUUUGAACAUCAAGCGUCAAAAAGAUUUUGAUAAUCUCAACAUGCUAUUUCAAACUGCUAACAAUGAGAUCAACACUUUGAAGUCUGAAUCCUCUACUCUCAAAACUCAGAUUGACAAACUCUCACGAAAGAAUAAAGAGCUUACUGACGAAAAUAUGUCUUUAAGACAAUUGUAUAGCCAAGUGAAUAGCCGACUUGACAGCGAAAUCAAAAUGUUACAACAAAAUGUCAUGAAAAACGUGAGAGCUACAGCACAUUCUAUUUUCCACGUUUCCAGGUCCUACUUUGGGCGGAGAUAUUAUCUGACUAAAGAGAAACAAUUCUAUUGUAUUAGAGCCGCUCAAAACUUAUGUUCUGGAUACGGGGGCUAUCUGGCUGAGGUAAACGACUGGAGUGAAUGGAAUUUCGUAAAUUCAUUUCUUAGUUCAAACGAUCCCUGCACUGCGGAUUCAGUUAUUAUGAUUGGAGGCACGGACGAAGCAGAAGAAGGUCGAUGGGUUCACAUAUCUAGAGGGACUCCUGUUGUGAGUGCAUUGUGGGCUAGUGGGCAGCCUAGCGGAGGCAGAAAUGAAAAUUGCCAGGCUUUGGAAAAAUGUUCAUUACUGCAUGAUUACAGUUGCUAUCUUAGUUCGCCCUCUCGCAAAUUCUUAUGUGAGGUUCCCGAGUGAAACUUCGCCAACAUUACCUGUUUUUGCUAGAGUAGUUGUAUCUAGGGUACGGGCCAUGUUUUGCUGUAUGUAUAGGGUUACCUGACAACCACACCAUCAGAAGGGGACAACACUUCAUAAAAAGACAAAGGAAACGUUUAAAACUGGGAUUACACUUCAUUUGACGAAACAUGUUAGUAAAAAACAAAAUAAAUGUACAACUAAUACAAACAUUUGUCAAAUAAAGCAAACUUUAAAAAAAAAAAUUAUUGCUUUUAUGCACCUCAUCUUUCAUUAGAUAGCAUGCUCAAUGCACUUUGUUCUAAUCUCUUCUAUGGGCAUCUGAAAAGGAUCCGUACUCGAGACCCCUUGUUAUGUAGCCAAGCGUUUUUUACCACGAACUCCACAUCCUUUUCACAGUAGUUUAAAGUUUGUGUAAGCCCAGUUUAUGUUUGGGGACACAUAUAUGUAGGUCCCUAAAUUGUCAAGAAAAAGGAUUCAGUGGAAAGUGUAUUUCUCUCUUUUGACCUCAGCGAAAACGCACUAAGAACGUUAGCUGUCUUACCAGGAAUGAAAAAAAAAAAUUAAAUUAUUAAAGUUUCUAAGAUGUUAUUGAGCACAUAUUCAUGAAGGAUGCUAUUGGAAAACGUAUCAUUUAUUUGAAUAUGUGAGGGAUUUUAUUUAAUAAAACAAGAAGACAUGUUGGAUUGCUUGCUAUAGCAGAGACUAAUUUAAGACGGAGGACAUCACGCCCCACUGGUAGCCCUAAACUUACCAUAUCUUCUUCCUACGUAAAGUCACCCCCCUCCGCCCCUGUCUAUGGUAAAUAGGCUUAACGAUGUAAUAUAUUUUGGUUUAUUCUUAGCUUUAUGUAACUGUUAUACAUUGAGCUAAUUAGAUGCUUUCUUGGGGUACACAACUGUAAAAUAAGCUUCACUUCGAUAAAACAAAAUACCUUCGCAAGAAUGAUGAGUACUAUACUGAAUCCCUAAAAAAAGUACAUUAUAUAUAUAUGUAUAUGUAUGUAUAUAAUGUAUUCAUUUAUAUAGUUAUAUCUAUAAAUCAUUAUAUUUACUUGUAUUUAUCAUUAUAAAACUCAGUGUACUUUUUUUUAUAUUUCAUUUGUAUAAUGUUUAUUAUGUUAUUUUUUUGUGGUCGAAAAUGCUUCAUUUAUUUUGUUUAGUUAUAUAUAUAUUUUUUGAAGAUUUUCAUACAUGGUGGAAAAACUAUAAAUAGCUUAUGUGGUGUAUCCGGUGUAAAGAGAAUGAAAGACAUGUGGAUAAGCGAAGUGUUUAAAAUGUUUGGUAGCAGUCUCUGGUGCUUUAGUACACUGCAGAAUCACAUAUUGGAAGCUCUUCCGUUUGUAAUUUUUAUUUAGAUAAAAUUUAUGUUGAGUUAAAUUUAGCGUCUUUGUCAUUGUUUACUUGAUCGUAUAAAUCUUCAAUAUCUUAGAAAUGCAGUCUUAUCCACUGUGUUUUUUUUCCUCUAAGUUUUUACUGCUUUUUUUAAAUCUAUGUAAAAUUUUUAUCAUCCUAAUAA